GUUACGAAUCAUCUUUGACUAAUUGCGUCAUGACGUCAUGCUCAGAACGUUUCCGGGUUUCAGAAUAAAACGCAUCCGGUUUAAAUAAAAAGUUGUGCGGUUCUUUUUGUGGGAAUCGUCGCGCUGUUCGGUUCGUGUCGGAGCUCAGCUACGAUGUCGACGACAACUCAGAAACACCGCGACUUCGUGGGCGAGCCGAUGGGCGACAAGUCGGUGACGUCGCUGUCGGGAAUCGGAGAAACUCUGGGGAGGAAGCUGGAGGAGCAGGGGUUCGACAAGGCCUUCGUGGUCCUUGGUCAGUUCCUCCUGUUAAAGAAAGACAUGGAGAUUUUCACCGAGUGGCUCAAAGACGCCAGCGGAGCGAACUCCCGUCAGGCCGGGUCCUGCGCACUGUGUCUGAAGGACUGGUGCGACGCCUUCCUCUGAGACCCCGCCUCCACCUACCAUGUGGCCCCGCCCCUUCCAGCUUCUGGAGCUCAUAUCUGUCUGUUGCUGCUGUAGAAGUUUCUCAGGAGAAUCUUCACCUGGACGUCGCGAUGUCACCUUGUUGUUUACCUGCUCAGAUUUAUUUAAUUUUAUUGAAAGUUUACAUCAAUAAAAGAGUUCUGUCAAUCAAA